AUGCCUACUCCUCGGAAGCUCCGUGCGGCCAUCUUGAUCAUCUCGGAAACUGCCAGCCGUGAUCCUUCAACUGAUAAAGGCAUUCCUGCAUUGCAAGAAGUCUUCUCUCGGAUCGCCCCCGACAGAUGGGAUGUCAGCGAGACGAAGAUAGUGACGGAUGACCGACAGGCCAUUGCCGACGCUGUGACGAGCUGGACAGAUGUGGAGGAGGACUGUUUGAGCUUGGUGCUGACGAGUGGUGGGACUGGGUUUACGCAGAAGGAUGUUACGCCUGAGGCUAUCUCGCCACUCAUUCACAAACAAGCCCCUGGACUCGUACAUGGCAUGCUCGCCGCAUCAUUACAAGUAACUCCAUUCGCGAUAAUGGCCCGACCAGUAGCUGGUGUGCGGAAUAAAUCUCUCAUCAUCACUCUCCCAGGGUCACCGAAAGGAGCCAAGGAGAAUUUAGAAGCUAUUCUACCGCAACUUGCACAUGCUUGUGAGCAGGCCGCAGGCUCUGACUCGAGGACACUGCACGUCGGUGGCACGCAGAAGCUUGAGAAGGACGCUGGUCUGACGUCUCGCUCAAGGCCGCAGGAGACUUCUGUCCAUGGCCAUCAUGAUCACUCUCACAGUCACAGCCAUGGUCACUCUCACGGCCACGGAGGUCAUGCAGGCCCGAGAGCGCAUACGAGACCUGAAGACCGUCCGAUAUCGAAUGAUCCGAAUGCUGGACCAACACAGCGAUAUCGAGACUCACCUUACCCCAUGCUUGCUGUCGAUGAGGUACUCAGAUUGAUAGCUGAACAUACUCCAGAGCCAAGGACAACAAAGGUCCUUGUUGAAGACGACCUAGUCGGCUCAAUAUUGGCCGAGGAUGUGAGAGCUCGAGAAGCCGUGCCGGCCUUUCGAGCAAGUAUAGUGGAUGGCUAUGCCAUCAUUGCUUCAGAGGAUCCAUCAAUGCCGAGCACAAAAGGCGUUUUCCCAGUGACGGGAAUAUCACAUGCACAAGCAGGAGAAGUGCCGGAGCUUGGAACGGGAGAGGUCGCACGUAUUACCACUGGAGCACCCUUACCACCUGGUGCUACUGCUGUUGUGAUGGUUGAAGAUACUGUGUUGAAGACCAUGACCGACGACGGCAAGGAGGAGAAGGAGAUCGAGAUCCUGACAGACGCUAUCAAAGAUGGUGAGAAUGUUCGCGAGGUAGGAAGUGAUGUCAAGCGAGGCGACGUCAUCAUGCGAAAGGGCGAAGGCGUCACGUCGGUAGGCGGCGAGUUUGGGCUUUUGGCCUCAGUAGGCACACAAGAAGUGCUAGUGUUCAAGAAGCCUGUUAUUGGGGUGCUGAGUACUGGCGACGAGAUUGUGCCACAUGAUAGACCUGAGGCCCUGCGAGUAGGAGAGGUCAGAGACACGAAUAGGCCGACUCUACUGACUGCUAUCCGUGGCUCUGGCUUCGAGCCGAUCGACUUUGGCAUCGUUUCAGACAAACCAGGCUCGCUCGAAACCAUCCUUCGGGAAGCUCUCCGCCACGUAGACGUCGUAGUCACAACCGGCGGCGUAAGCAUGGGCGAGCUCGAUCUGCUCAAACCCACAAUCGAGCGUAGCCUAGGCGGCACAAUUCACUUCGGCCGCGUGUCCAUGAAGCCCGGCAAGCCUACCACUUUCGCCACCGUACCUAUCAAAACCAACGACUCCUCCGACCGCGAGAGAAAGCUUAUCUUCUCAUUACCUGGUAAUCCUGCUUCGGCGGUCGUGACGUACCAUCUUUUCGUACUUCCAGCGCUACAGAAGAUGGCUGGGUUCAAAGAGCCAUGGGGUCUGCCGAAGGUGAAAGUUGUGCUGGAGCAAGACGUCAGGUGUGAUGCGAAGAGGAGUGAGUAUCAUCGGGUUGUGAUCAGUGCGAAGGCGGAUGGAAUGCUAUAUGCUACUAGUACUGGUUUCCAGCGGAGUUCGAGGAUAGGGAGCUUCAAGGGUGCCAAUGCAUUACUGUGCUUACCCGCUCAAGCAGGUUCGUUGAGGAAGGGCGAGAAGGCGGAUGCGUUGUUGAUGGGACAGCUAAUUAGUGAACUGUAA